AUGGCCUCCUCAACUCUCCGCCAAUUUCUGUUCGGUGUCUUCCUCAUGAGCGUGUUUACUGCAACCAUCAAACGAUCCUCGCUAGUAUCAAUCUGUCGCACUUUUGCCAAGGUAAGUGCGAGUUAUUGCUUCCACAAUCUCGAAUUGGAAGUUGACGCCAAGCAGCCAUCGUCUCCAGCUGCACGCGCCAUGCAUAUCCAAUCAAUCCCCAUGUGGGAGGGUUCGGGCAACAACUAUGCUUACCUAGUCUCAGACGACAAGACUAAAGAAGCCGUUAUCAUUGACCCUGCCAACCCUCCAGAAGUUCUACCCGUGCUGCGGGAACAGACUACCACCGGAGGUCUCAAGCUGACCAAAAUCAUCAACACUCACCACCAUGGAGACCAUGCAGGAGGCAACGUGGAUACAAUCAAGGCAUUCGGCCUACCUGUAAUUGGCGGUCGUGACUGCGACAAAGUCUCCGAAACCCCCAGCCACAACAGUACCUUCAAAAUCGGUUCCAUCAACGUCAAAGCGCUCCACACACCAUGCCAUACACAGGACAGCAUAUGCUUUUACUUCGAAGACGGCAACGAUCGCGCCGUGUUUACCGGAGACACACUGUUCAUUGGUGGUUGCGGGCGAUUCUUCGAAGGCACUCCAGAACAGAUGCACAAGGCUCUGAAUGAGACCCUAGCGGCUCUUCCAGAUGAUACAAAGGUCUACCCUGGGCAUGAGUACACGAAGGGCAAUGUCAAGUUUGCCAAGAGUGUGCUGAACAACGAUGCCAUCAAGAAGCUCGACACAUUCUCACAAGAGAACAAGCAGACGCAGGGCAAAUUCACGAUAGGUGACGAGAAGAAGCACAACGUAUUCAUGCGCGUCGAUGACCCCGAACUCCAGAAGGUUACUGGCAAGACUGAGCCUAUCGAUGUCAUGGGAGCGCUGAGAGCCAUGAAGGACAAGUCAUAA